UCUAGUGCAAUAACACAUCCACUAAACUUCACUGUGACCACGUUUAGUAAACGCUCCUUGCUGUUGGCCGUUGAGUUCUGUCACAUUGAAUUGUUGCCAGAACUGUAAAAUGUACAGUGUACAGGGGCGCUACGCAGCAGUUUGCGUUGUUGUUAUUUUAGUCGCCUCCUCUACCCGUCUUAACUGGCGGAAAACCUUCGGUGGUCUCGCUCCUCGCUUCAUCAACCUCAAGCUUCCAAGGGAGCUUCCAGACCCCGAAGAACCACUGCCACCCUCCCCGAGUUUAGAGCACAGCUUCCGCAAGGCAGCCGUCUGCACUGAUGGCAACCCGUGCUCAAGCAUCGGCAGAGACAUCUUGGCCAAGGAAGGUUCAGCAGUGGAUGCUGCUGUGGCGGCACUGUUCUGCAACGGGGUGGUCAACAUGCAGAGUAUGGGACUGGGCGGAGGGUUCAUCAUGACAGUGUACCAACGCAAGACCAAGACCGCUCACGCUCUGGUUGCCAGAGACACUGCUCCAGGAGCCGCUAAGAAGGAUAUGUUCGCCCGCAAGCUCCAUAAGUCUGAUGAUGGAGCGCUCGCGACAGGGGUUCCCGGAGAGCUGCGAGGAUACAGGGAGGCGCACGAGAAGUUCGGCCGUCUCCCGUGGGCCGAUUUAGUACAACCUACGAUAAAGAUCUGCGAAGAGGGUUUCCGCAUGAGUGAAUAUACAGAAAGCUGCCUUAAAAACCGGUUUCGGUUUAUAUUUUCCCUUAACGAUCCUAACUUGAGGGAGUGGUUUGUGGACAAAAAAGGACGUUUAAAGACUAAGGGGAGUCUGAUCCGACCCCGACAGUUGUGCGAAACUCUCAAAGUGAUUGCGCAAGAGGGAGGAAAAGCGUUACACGAUGGUUCUCUCACCAAGACGUUCGUUGAGGACGUACAAAACAUGGGAGGCAUUAUCACCGAAGACGACAUGCGGAACUACAAACCAGAAUGGACAGAUCCUAUCACUGUGAAGCUACAAGACGACACAGUCUACACCUCUCCUCCACCCGGUGCCGGCGUUCUCCUCACCUUCAUCCUCAAAAUCCUCGAAGGAUACAAUCUAACCCCAGACAGCGUGAGUACGCUCGACAAAAUGACAACAACCGUUCACAGGAUGGUGGAGGCGUUUAAGUACGCUUACGCCAAGCGCACAGAAUUGGGCGAUCCGCUCUUUGUUGAUAUCAAAAAGCAACUAGCCGACCUGAUGUCUGAGGACUACAUUAACAAUAUACGAUCACAGAUCAAGGACGAUCAAACGUUUGAGAAGGCCACCCACUAUGGCGCCGUGUACUACAACCCUGACGACCAUGGCACGUCACACAUCAGCAUCCUUGCGCCGGACGGAGACGCUGUGGCGGUCACUAGCACUGUUAAUAAAUAUUUUGGCGCAGGAAUCACAUCAAAGAGAACGGGAAUCUUACUGAACAGUGGGAUGGAUGACUUCUCGAUACCCGACGAGACACAUUUCAAUGGAGUUCAUCCGGCUCCCGCCAACUUUAUAGAACCAGGCAAGCGGCCAAUGAGCUCCACCUGCCCCACGAUCAUAGUAGACAGCAAUGGAGACGUGCGGAUGGUCGUCGGGGCCGCAGGGAGCACCCAUAUCACCACCGCAGUGUCAUGGGUCAUAAUACAAUAUUUAUGGUUGGGAAAGUCAAUCAAAGAAGCAGUGGAUGCAAGAAGAUUCCAUCAUCAGCUGUAUCCAAUGGAGCUUGACUACGGAUACGGAGUCACUUCUCCAUUAGUCAAGAGCCUAGAAAAACUUGGUCACAAAAUGUACAGAUUUGGAGCCAGAGGCUCCAUUGUUUGUGCUAUCGCCAAAAAAGACGACCGCAUUUACGCCAACGCAGAUUUUCGUAAAGACAGUAGUAAUGUUUGCGGAAUAGACUGAAGAAGAUUUUUAAUCGUUUGAAUCUGGCCCUAAUUUUUUAAUUUUUUUUGUUAGGUUUUUAUAGUAAUAGUCUAAUUUUUUCUUUAUCACAACCGUAUGUUUUCCUUUUCUUUUAAAUUUUAUAAACCAUAUUCUUUUACUUUUAUUUUCAGAACUGCAUAUAGCCUAUUAUAGGUUUUAAGCAUAAAAAAAAACCAAAUAUGCUGUUUUUCAAUAAUUCAUGAAAUAGUGAUUAUUAUUAUCCUCAGUUUAAAAAAUACAUUUUGCGCCUGGCUAUUUGACAAGUUUAGAAACACCACUUAUUAAUGGAAAAUUUUUUUAUUGGAUUAAAAUCCAUUCAGUUUAACAGCAGUGUUAGUAUUUUUAAAUGGACUUGUGUAAGUUUGUAACUCAUUUUCAUGAUAACAAUUUAAAUUUCAAAUCUCAUUUUGGCCUCUUUUUAAUCAAGUUAAUGUACACAAUACGCAAAGCUUUCAAAUGUGACUGUGAUCUUAGGUUUGUUCAAUACACUAAAUUUAAAGAGCCUCGAUAUAAAUUUAAAAUGGCAAAUUUAAAUCGAUGGAAGAUUUGAAUCCUUUUGUCCUGUUGAUCCUGUAGGUACUUGUAAUGCUAGCCUUUUGUUUUUCUUCAGAGUCUACCUAUUACUUAUUAUUGUAUGCACUAUCUAGAAGUAUUAUUAUUAUGUCUUGAUUAUUAUGAUUCUUUUGCAUCUUGUGUUUAUAUCAUUUGUAUAUCAUUAGCAUUAUUUACUGAUAUAUCCUCUUGUAUAUCUUCUCGUAACGCUUGCUUCUUGUUUUUCUUCAGAGUCUACUUGUUACUUACUAUUCUAUGCACUAUCUAGAAGUAUUAUUAUUAUGAUUUGUAUGCAUCUUCUUAGAUCAGUUGUAUAACUUUUGCACGUUAACUACUUAUCUUUGUUCACUUAUUGUAUUUAGUAUUGCUUGUUUUUUCUCUCAAAUGUUUACUUUUGCUCCAAUUCAAAACCACCAAUCUCGCCUUAAUAAUUGCGAGUUUGAGUUUAUUUGUUAUUUAUUAUGCAUGCACUAUUUAUUAUUACGUCUUACUCUUAAUUAUGUUUUAAACGUAUAUUGAUUCUUGUGUGAGCAUGAACUAUUGCUGUUUGUAUAACUUUGUUUCUUUGUGCAUGGUACUUGAUGUAUAAUGGUUUUGGUUGUAAAUAAAUGAAUUUAAUUGAA